CUCUCCCUCUCAGUUUUUAGGGCGUGACCUGAAUACACACAUGAGAAGACAAACUGUGACCGUGCUCUCAUAAGUCCUUCCUAGGAAUCUGAUCCAGUGUGCCACAUCAACAUCUUCGUCUGAUCAGUCUACCUUUGUGUGGAAUAACCAAGGCACCACCUCUGGACCCCGUAGACCUCCCAGACAGGAAGUGACAGCAUGUGCACGGGAAAGUGCUCCAAAUUCAUCGGGGUGACCCUGUACCCCCUGGCUCUCAUCUCCAUCAUCUGUAACAUCAUCCUGUUCUUCCCAGGCUGGGAGGUGAAGUAUGCCAAAGAUGGAUACAUAACCGAGGAGGUGAAGUACAUGGGGGGGCUCAUUGGAGGGGGCGUCAUGGUACUGGUGCCAGCCAUUCACAUCCAUUUAACUGGAAAAGAAGGUUGCUGUGCCAAUCGCUGUGGGAUGUUUCUGUCUAUUGCAUUUGCUGCUGUUGGCGUUGCUGGAGCUCUUUACAGCUUCUGUGUGGCUAUGGUAGGCCUCAUUAACGGGCCCUACUGUAAAGUACUGCUGGUUUGGGCCACACCCUUCAAAGACAGAGAUGACAGCUACCUGAACGACAAAAACCUGUGGUCCUUGUGCACGGAACCCAAGAACGUGGUGGAGUUUAACGUGGGUCUGUUCUCCACGCUGCUGGUCGCCAGCGGGCUACAGCUGGUGCUGUGUGCCUUCCAGAUGAUCAACGGCCUGUUCGGCUGCCUGUGUGGAACCUGCAAGAACAAGGAGACUUACUAAACAAGCAUGCAUGAGCCUCAUAGCUCACCCACACUCCAGCCUACACCCAUGAUGAUGCCAAUGACGAACUGACUGGCGCCCUCUCGUGGUUGAAGUGUCUCCCCCCACCUUUACAUGACAUAAAUAUCUAUCUACCAUUAACCAAUCACAGUUCUUUGAUACAUCAGCUGUUUCCUAUACUUUUUAUAAAGCUCCAAUUUUACUUUUAUAUUUCAUUAAAUUGUAUUCCAGAUAUGUUUUUGGAUUGUUAUUGUCAUACUCUAUAGUAAAUGAAACACCUUUGUCCUCCAGUUAUGUUUUAUUGUAGGUCAUAAAUUACAGUACAAAACUCUUGUUACAACAAAAUGUAUCUUCUCAUUUCAGAUAGCUAAUUUAUUCUGCAUCUGAUUUUAUAUUUUUGAUUUGUUAUAAAUGUUUUCCUUAUAAACGUAGCUGAACGUUAAGAGAUAAAAAAAAAAAAAAAAAUACUAAACAGUUUGAAAUGGAAUGUCUGUCUUUUAAGACAGUUUGUGCAAAGUUCUUCAAAUAAAAUGGGUUCAGAGAUGAAAAGGCAAAA